AUGCAAAGAAUGGAGAAACAGAUGGACAGGGAAAGGGACAGAGACAGAGACUAUGCAGGCAGAGAUAGAGAUUAUGCAGGCAGAGAUAGAGAUGAUAGAGACAGAGAAAGAGACUGGAAAAGAGAAAGAGAAAGAGACCGAGACCGAGACCGAGACAAAGAACAUAGGUAUUCAAGGACUCGCGACAGAACCCCAGAGUAUUCGAAAUCUUCACGCAAAGAUGGGGGAUUCGACCGUGAUGAUCAUUGGUCUUCGCGUAGACGUUCAGAGUCUCAACUGAGCGCAAGCUCCAUCGGCCACGGAUGGGGCUUCGAGGACAAAGCCGCAUAUACUAGUGGCAGCUCGGGAUCUAGCAAGGUCAAUGACCGUGGCUGGGGCACUGGAAGUGGAACGGGACAGGACUCGAACGAGAAGGCUGGAGGAGUCUCUCCAUGGGGAUCGGGAAAUGCCGGUACAUGGGGAACAGAGAAUAACCAAACCGCUUGGGGAGCAGGAAAACCUAGUGGAUGGGAUUCUGUAGAAAAAGCAGCCGAUACAGGAGCUUGGAAACCCCUAGAAGCCAGUGUUUCACUUUUUCAAAAACAAAAGGCAAAAGAAAGUACGAAUGCUCCACCUCCCGCAACUUCUCCACCUCCCCCACUUCCCUCUCCUCCAACGUGGAAUGAUACAUCGACGUCCAAAUGGGAAUCUGUGUCGCGGAAAGCACGUGUUCCGCCUUCACCAUCAUCCGCCUCUCCCUUUCCACUAUCGAUGUUUACAAUGCCUGACAUUGCUGCUGGCGAGCCGGUUCAUACGAAUUCGACACCCAAGGCACCCCGUGCAUUCACACAGCGAAUUGCGGGACCAUCGUACCGCAAAGAUAGUAAUGGUCGAAGAUCAUCACCAAAUUUUCGGAAUGCUUCUCCUACUGCCACUGAACACACGAAUAUAUCGGUUUCUUCUUCUCGGAAGGCUCUCAAAAGCAGACGUGUUCGCAAACUCCUGGGGCAAGUUACUUCGUGUCUCAAUCUGUUGUUCGAUCACGCAGUCAAGAAAGAAGUCGAACGUAAAACGGUCGCGAAAAAAUAUGAACGAUGGAAGAAAAUUCAAGAAUCUCCUCAGUAUGGACGCGUUCGGCUGAAUGGUCAGAAGAAACUUGACAAUGUCCGAGGUCAACUGAAGAAACGACGUGAUAAGCUUUCCGAAAGGGUAAAAUAUGAAAUUAAAGCUAUCGUCAACAUGAUUAAACCCUCUCCGUCAUCUCCAUCUCAAUCAAGUAACGUCGAUAUCGACGAGCUGAAAAACAGGGUUCGCGCGAGGCUCGACGAGCUGAGCGCAUAUAUCCUUGACCUAAAACACAUUCUCGAGGAACAGAAGAAGGCAGAGGACGCGGCUAAGGAAGCGGCUAAGGCUAGAGAGGCUAAGGAACGGGAAGCAACCGCCGCCGCUUUGUCUGCUGCGGCUUCCUCUCGAGCUCAGGAGAUCACUCUGGAGAACUUAAAGUCUCGUAUUGCAGAACUGGAGGUUAGAUCUUUCGAAAUUUUGGAUGUUCAGGAGGAGGACAGAGCUAGGUUCCUUAGUGCAGAAUUCAUUGAAGAAGCUUUGGAGGUAGAAGAGGAAGAUUCUAUUUACGAUGAACUCGAAGACCUCGAAGAUCGAAUAGAGAAAACUGGGGAGCAAGUGUCAAAUCAAGGCAUGGAGAUUAGCAAGCUUUCGAGCCCCGAACGUAAAGAAAAGGAGGAUGUGUUACAGAAACAGCUGCACAGAAAUGCUCGGUUAAAGAAAGAGUUGGAAGCUAAAGUGGCAGUUUUAGAUCAAGGUGCAAUCGAGAGACGGGAAAAGAUUGACGACCUGUCAAACCAGAUUCAGAACCUCCACAAUCGACACAAGCCAUCUCAUUCCUACCAUCAACACCUGCUACCCUUUGUCGAGCGACUGGUCAUCCGAAUAGUAGAACAGGAGCUGAAGCCUAUCAUCCUUGAACUCAGGGCGACCACGAAAGCUCAAGUCAGGGUUCGUCAGAAUAUCAUUUCGGGGGCCAUAGAAAAAGCGGUAGAGCCUAUCGUACAGAUGACCACCGACAUCGUCCGACGUUCAAAUUCCUUGGCUGGUGUUCGUGAUAUCAUGAGUUCCGCUGGGGCUUCAUAA